UUGAGCCAUUCCAUAGGAUUUUAGGAUAGCCAAUCCUUUGUUUCAAAGAGUAAUAUUUGCAGGUUCACAAUUCUACAAAAUUUCUUCAUGAAUCCUUUUGUUUCAAAUGUGCCUAUAUAUAUGCCGUAAGAAGCCAGGCUCCAUAUGAACAUUGAUUGAAUUGGCACUGUUUGAUGAUUGAUCAGCAGCAGAAAGAAGCUUCUUGUGCGAUCAAUCUCUGAACUAUAAAGAAUAGGCGUGACCAAACAAGCAUUUAGCGAAGAACAUGAGCUGGAGUGUCAGAUUUUUGAGCUGCAAAGUUCAGAAAUUAUCUAUAGAAAACAACUGGUCAUGUAAGGUCACUAUUCCACAACUGCAAUGUGCAAAGCCACCAACCCACUUGCCUUCAGGUAAUCAGGUUGCAGUCUUGCAGAUCAGCAUCGCCGGCCGAACCCGGCGACUUCCAAACUCCAAUCCAGCGUUAAGCUCGUGCCAAACGAACUCAAGCGAGGCCGCAGCCGGCAACAACCUCCGCACUACUUACUGCUGGUGAGCACCGCAAGCACCAACUCCGCUUCUUGCUACUACUUCUACUUGCACCCACCGCUCCGCUCCACCAGCCGACGCCGUCAUGUCUGCCGCCGCCGCCGCCCCCACCGUCCUGAAAUCGGCUCCGGAGCUCGUCGCGCCAGCGGAGCCAACGCCCGGCGGCACCCUCCCACUGUCCUCCAUCGACAAGACCGCGGCGGUCCGCGUCUCGGUGGACUUCAUCCAGGUUUUCCCCCCGGCCGCAGGAGCCGGCGGGGACCAAGACGCCGCCGUGGCCGCGAUGCGCGACGGCUUCGCGAAAGCGCUGGUGCCGUACUACCCGGUGGCCGGCCGCAUCGCAGACGCGAGCCCCGGGGAGCCCGUCGUGGACUGCACCGGGCAGGGCGUCUGGUUCGUGGAGGCCGCCGCGAGCUGCGCGCUCGCCGACGUCAACUACCUCGAGCGCCCUCUGCUCAUCCCCAAGGAGGAGCUCCUCCCGCGCCCUCCCCCCGAGGAGAAGCUCGAGGACCUCGUCCUCAUGGCUCAGGUGACCAAGUUCACCUGCGGCGGGUUCUCGGUCGGGAUCUGCUUCAGCCACCUGGUGUUCGACGGGCAGGGCGCGGCGCAGUUCCUCAAGGCGGCUGGCGAGAUGGCGCGGGGGCUGCCGGCGCCGUCGGUCGCGCCGGUCUGGGACCGCGACGCGAUCCCGGACCCGCCUAAGCUGCCGCGCGGGCCCCCGCCGUCGUUCACGGCGUUCAACUUCGUGACCCAGGUGGUGGAGAUCUCGCCGGAGAGCAUCGCGCGCAUCAAGGACGAGUUCAAGGACGCGACGGGGCAGGCCUGCUCCACCUUCGACGCCGUCACGGCGGUGGUGUUCAGGUGCCGCGCGCUGGCGAUGGCGCUCCCCGACGACGCCGAGGUCCGGCUCGGCUUCGCCGCCAGCACGCGGCACCUCCUCCACGGCGUGCUGCCGUCGGUGGACGGCUACUACGGCAACUGCGUGUACCCCGUGGGCAUCACCCGGUCCAGCAAGGCCAUCCGUGAGGCGUCGCUUCCGGAGGUGGUCGGCGUGAUGCGGGAGGCCAAGGAGGCGCUCACCACGCGCUUCACGGACUGGAUGCGCGGCGGCGCCAAGGACGACCACUACAACGUGCCGCUGGACUACGGCACGGUGACGGUGUCGGACUGGAGCCGCGUCGGGUUCAACGAGGUGGACUACGGCUUCGGCGAGCCGGGGUACGUCUUCACGCUCAACGACGACGUCAACAUCGUCGCGUCGGCGAUCUACCUCAAACCGCCCGCGCCCAAGCGCGGCAUCCGGCUCAUGCUCCGCUGCGUCGAGGAACCUCACGCUGCGGCGUUCGCCGACGAGCUCGCCAAGUUCGCGUAGAUCAUGGUUGUUAUUGGGCUAUUGGCUUAGCUAUGGCCAUGUGUGUGUGUGUGUGUGGCUUAUCUAUACUUCACUGGUGUCAUACGUUCAUCGUCAACGGCAUUGUUGGAUGCAAACGGCGGUACUUGCAUCGUGCCGGCGAACUUGCUUGCUAAGAGAAUCUCCAACGGAUUACCAAUAUCCCAUCUCUUAGAAGUACAUACAAGUGAUCGUAUUAACUUGUACUUUCCCCAUUCUAAAUUAUAAA